UGCCAAAACUAAACAAGUGGAAAAAACCCUUCUUAAAGACGUGACGCUCUUAUGACAAUAAAUCUUUGCAUCCGCAGCAAGCAGUAAUUUUUUAUUAAUAAAACAGGGUAGACUUAAUUACAAUUCAUGCUGUGUCAUUAAACAUUUUUAAUUUGUAAACUUAAUUAACCAGACGUUACAAAUAAGUCUUCAACGGCCUGAAUUAAUUACAGUUUGACGAAGACCAAGCACGCGAGAAAAUGCAUUGAUAAGAAAAUUAAUAAAGUUACUAAGUUUUAUAAUUAGAUGCGUAUAGAAACAGGAAUCAGCGUAUAGAAACAGGACAAAUACUUAGAUGGUCGGUCAAAAAAAGAAACUUCUCCAAACAGGUAUUAAACCAACGUUUAUCUGCACGAUGAAAGAAUACGAACCGAUUUUAUUUCAGUAUGUGACACCAGUUAUCGGUGGUCUAGCCAUUCUUGCUAACAUGAGUGAAAUCAUUUCUAUAAUGUACCAUCGCCAUAACAAUGGAGGGUACGCUUUAGUAUAUAUCUUCAGUUUAUCAAUGUCCGACUUGCUCAUGGGCAUCAUGAUGGUUAUACUCAAAUCGAUGCAUCCAUUUAUGAAAACAACACUAAAAGGAAACACUGGUGCCAAGGAAGCCUACGAUUUGAUUCGCUUUGGUUGUAUACGCUUUGCAUUAUUAAUGUCAAUUUUUAACUUGAUUGCUUUGUCGAUAGAUCGAGUAAGGGCAGUAAAAAACCCGAUUAAGUACAGACUACGGGACGGGAAGCACACGAUUUGGAUUCCUGUCGGCUUGUGGUGCAUGGCUUUUCUUUGCAUAUCCCUAUACUACUGGAUAUCAAGAGAACUUUUUCAAAAUACUAAGAGGUAUAUCAAUUUGAUUUUUCCUGUAGCUAUUUUUUCAGCGUUCAUUAUUUUUAUUGGUUGUUAUGGAAUCAUACUUCAUGCUUUGGUGAAACAUAGAAGAACGUUUGAUAUUAAAAUACAGAAGUUGCCAGAUGAUAGACGUCUACAUCCAAGACCGAAUAUAGAGUACAAAGUGGUGAAAGUGGCUAUCAUUAACGUCAUGGUAUUUCUAACAUGCUGGGUACCAUUUGCAACAGUCAGCUUAAUUCGUGGUUUAGAAACACUUUGUGUAUCUCGUGCAUUGUUUUCAACAUGCUUUACGCUGGCAUCAUGCUCAACAGUGAUCAAUCCUUGCAUGUACUGGAUACGUACUAAAAAGACUUUCGGUCGAGCUUGCAUCAAACCUAUUCCGGACAUUUUGGUAAUUCGUCACUCAACAAGUAGCUAGCAGGAUUCCUCUUUAAUUUUAAUUUUUAUAUGGCUUGCGUCUUUUAGAUUGUAAUGUAUUGUUAACACUAGCUGUUGUAUUUUUUUAGUAAAUUAGCAAAAAAUUUACUUCAAAUUUACUGAAAGUUAGAUAGACCUGAACAACUCGUUUAGACGAGAUCUCGGUUGCUAAGAA